AUGGAUCUCAAGCGUCUGGUCUCAGUCAUCUCGGCCAAAAUUGACGAACCAGAAGAUGUCCUCUGGGGUCUGCGAGAGGGUCAAGCCUUGCUUCAGUGCCAGCUUGGAAGAGCACGCCUCGAGUCGGGUAAGGGUAUCAAAAGAUUCCCGUAUCUCCGCCCCCCGGAGUUCAUCGAAGCCAGUUUCGGCAACUUCCAGGAACUAACUCAUCACCGACAUCUCUAA